CAGUUGGCACAGGGAGACUAAGGGUCUUGGUGCCAAUUGGCCAGCAAGGCGGAAGAGCCUGGGUUUUGACUAGUUCUUCUGACUUUAAGUCGGGAGAGGUGGAGAUGACCGCUGAGGAGUUCUGGGCGCCGAGAGAGAGGGCAGACGCACAGUGUGCAAGAUUUUAGUUUCCUUGCCGGUUCGGGCAUUAGGACUGAAGACUGGUCCGGGAACUCACUAAUUGCCUAAAAAACGAGCGCAAAGGUGAGCGAACACAGAGCAAUGCCAACUGGACAGCAGAUAAGGAAGAUAAACAGCCGGUUUCCAAUACGACUGACAAUGGGACAGGGAAAUUGAAGCCAGCAAUCGCUGCGGACGGGGUGCAGCCCCAAAACGCCCACCAACCUUGGCGGGUCCCUGCCUUCCCGCAGCUCCUGACUGGGUCUCAACCAACAGCGAAAAUGACACCACGCAUGGGGGCGGGGCCGGCGGCACACAGGGAGCAGCUAUUGGUUAGGAGCAGCACUGUGGCCGCCUUCCCAGCCCCUCCACUGGCCAGCUCCAUAAGGUGAGGAACCUGAGGGGUAAGUCCCAGCGAAGGCUUUUCCGCAGCCCGCGAGCUAGCCUAGGGAGAUCCCGGAGUCUGUGAGCGACGCCGCCGCGACCACGCUGCUGCCAUCAGCCUACAAAGACAUGACCACCAACGCCAGCCCCUUGCACCCGUACUGGCCUCGGCACCUGAGGCUGGACAACUUUGUGCCUAAUGACUUCCCUACUUGGCAUCUCCUGGCCGGCCUCUUCUCUGUGUCUGGGGUCUUGGUUGUGACCACAUGGCUGUUGUCAGGUCGUGCUGCGGUCGUCCCCCUGGGGACUUGGCGGCGACUGUCCCUGUGCUGGUUUGCAGUGUGUGGGUUCAUUCACAUGGUGAUUGAGGGCUGGUUCAGCCUGUACCACGAAGACCUUCUUGGAGACCAAGCUUUCUUGUCCCAACUCUGGAAAGAGUAUGCCAAGGGAGACAGCCGAUACAUCCUGAGUGACAACUUCACAAUAUGCAUGGAGACCAUCACAGCUUGCCUUUGGGGACCACUCAGCCUAUGGGUGGUGAUCGCCUUUCUCCGCCAGCAGCCCCUCCGCUUUGUCUUACAGCUCGUGGUCUCUGUGGGUCAGAUCUAUGGGGAUGUGCUCUAUUUCCUAACAGAGCACCGGGACGGAUUCCAGCAUGGGGAGCUGGGCCACCCACUCUACUUCUGGUUUUACUUUGUCUUCAUGAACGGCCUGUGGCUGGUGCUACCUGGAAUCCUUGUGCUCGAUUCUGUAAAGCAGCUCACUCACGCCCAGAGCGUGCUGGACACCAAAACCACAAAAGCCAAGAGCAAGCUGAACUAAUAAGUAGUAGGCUGGGCUUGAACACACUGGCCGAUGAGGAACCCUCCACCAGGAAGAAGAGGCCAGUCCCACAGUUUGGAGUGACAAAGCAAAUUGAUCUGUCAAACUCAGGUUGAUGGGUAAGCACCAGAAGGGCCAGAGGCAGGGUCAAGAAAGAAGCUGUGUGGAGCUACGGCCGGGAGCCACUGGGACAAAGGUACAGAAGAAACUAGAAGGGCCAUGAUGGUGGUAGUUUUCAAAAUCCGGAAAUAAAAGAUCUUGACCCUAA